UAAAAUGUCCUCUCUGUACGUUCAGAAGAUUGAAUGAACGGGAUGACACUUCUUUAGUUGGCUAGCGGAUGUCAGGCAUACUACCACAUUGUUUUCGCCAAAUGUCACUCCAGGUGCUCCAUUUUUUCACCUUACAGUAACUCGAAGGCCGAAGCAACCCCAAUAACUGGGCCUACAUGGAAUCAUCGUUUGUUCAAGCUGCAGUUUUAUGUGAGCCGUCGGCAACCAGGUGGUGGACGGAGAGAAUCGAGAUCAUGGACUGCUGCCUUUGCAGUUCUGUAGCUGGCGUUUUCAGGCUGCCAAGAAACAGCAUCUGCUCGAGUUGCUAUGAAGGAGCACGUAGCAUGAUAGCUUUCAUGGAAAAGAUGGACGGCGAACCGAACCCCAUCUCUGCUGACGAACAACAAAAAUCCAGAAAGAUUGAUAUAACGGAAGAGUUGAGAUCCAAGGGGUUGUCUUACGCCUAUAGGAAGUUGAUGGAAUGGAAGGAAAGGGACCAAGGUUUGAUUGAACGAGUAAGUUUUCUAGGAGGAUUAGUCGAUGCGUUCAAGGAAGGACUUCACGCAGACGUUCAGAUUAAGGCGACGGAUGGACCAGCAAGGCUUGCCCACAGGGCCGUCCUGGCAGCAAGGUCCCCAAUCUUUAAAGCAAUGUUUGAAGCUGAUGAAUGCAAAGCUUCUUCACCUUACACCAUCACUUUGCCGGAGCUCAAGAGUGAGGAGCUAGACUGCCUACUGGAAUUCCUCUACUCUGGAAGUCUGCCCAAGGAUCAACUUGCAAACCACGCCCAUGCUCUGCUGAUUGCAGCUGACAAAUAUGAAGUGCAAUACCUAGCAAGGUGUUGUGAAGCUCAAAUUCUACAGACAUUGAGCACAUCUAAUGCAUUGGAAAUUCUAGAACUUUCUUCAUUGUGCAUGAAUGAGAGGCUGAAGAGCAUGUCUAUGAAGACCAUCGUGAAGCACAGGGAGGAGAUAGUUUUUUCUGAGGGGUACUGUGGUUUUGUGAUGAGGAAUGCUUUUCUAGCAGUAGAACUAACGAGAGCCAUGUUUAUGGAGGUUAACGGCCAACAAGACAGCUUGAAAGCGUAAUUAUGAGUGUGUGUGUGUGUGUGUGUGUGUGUGAGAGAGAGAGAGAGAGAGAGAGAGAGAGAGAUCCUAUUUAUCGUUGGUAAGCAAAAGUGCAUAUACAGUGAGGUUCUGAACAUUUAUAAUUGCUUAUUGAAAGCGGUGUAUCGUUGUACAAAAUGACCUCAUUUUUGCUGUAAAUUUGUAUUACUUGUCUCAUGUAUUAUUGAGAUUUAUGAAAAAAUAACAGAAAUGAUA